AUGGCCCAGUCCCUGUGCCCGCCGCUCUCCGAGGCCUGGAUGCUCUCCGCGGGCUGGGGCCCUGCCCGGCCGCCGCCGGCCUCCGACGGGGACUGCGGCUGCUCCCCCGCCUCGUCCCCGGACACCUGGGGCAGCGCCCUGGGCGGCAGCCCCGAGCCAAGGCCUGGGCGGCCCGCACCCCCGGCCCCUCGCGCCCCGACCGCCGGGAGGCGCAGCGCCCGUGGCAGCCGUCUGGGCAGCGGGCAGAGGCAGAACGCCAGCGAGCGCGAGAAGCUGCGCAUGCGCACGCUCGCCCGCGCGCUGCACGAGCUGCGCGGCUUUCUGCCGCCGUCCGUGGCGCCCGCCGGCCAGAGCCUGACCAAGAUCGAGACGCUGAGGCUGGCCAUCCGCUACAUCGGCCACCUGUCGGCCGUGCUGGGCCUCAGCGAGGAGAGCCUGCAGCGCCGGCGCCGGCGGCACAGCGACGCGCCGCUCCCUCGGGGCUGCCCGCUCUGCCCCGACGGCGGCACCGCGCAGGCGCAGACGCAGGCGUGCGGCCCGGGCCUGGGCUCAGCUGCCGGGGCCGCGGCGUCUUGGGGAUCCCCGCCAGCCUGCCCCGAGGCCCCGGCGGCGCCGGAGCUGUGCAACCUGCCGGUGCGCUACAACGAGGAGGUGUACCCAGAAGGGCUGGCGAUGGAGCUGGGUCCCUCGUCUCCGCUCUUUCCCGGCGACGUGCUGGCCCUGCUGGAGACCUGGAUGCCCCUCUCGCCCCUGGAGUGGUCGCCAGCCUGAGUGGUUGAAGUGACGACAGCUGGCGCCCUGGCCGUGAGCCCCGAGGCCUUCUUGGCCUCAGCUUCGAAGUGGUCCCUCGCCAGACUCCCUCUCCUCGAGGAGGGCCCCGGCUAUACUGGCAUGGGCAUUCCUGAGAGUGACAGCCUGUCCCCACCCAGGACGGCCCUCCCUAGUUUCUUGUGUCGGGGCAGCCCAUAGCGUACACACUUAGAGGCAGGCAGCAGGCUCUGCCUAGUGUGUAUUUAUUUAUUUGUGAAUAAACUGUGCUGGUGUAGGUUGGCAA